AUGAACUGGACGAUGUUCAACGACACGAGUGGGGGGUUCCACGCCGGGAGCACGGAGACUUUCUCUGCGUGCUGCACUUGGUCCUCAGGGGCCACAGACCCCGGUGUGGCGCAGAGCGGUGCGCACGAUCGCGACUCCUUCUCCCCGAACGUGGCGCAGGUCACCGUGAUGUGCGUGCUCGCGCUCACAGUGCUCUUCGGCAUCUUCUUCUUGGCCUGUAACCUGCUGAUCAAAUCCGUAGGAAUGAUCAACUUCCUCGUCACUGACAGAAGAUAUUCCAAGGACGUCGAGGCGGUUAUAAUGAACCCGUAA